ACUUAUACGAGCUGGGGUUAAAGUAGUUUCAUAAAGCCGUCGGAAGUAAGCACACGUCAGUGAUGAGAUAAGCAGUCAAUAUACAGAGUUGAUAAAUAUGAGUAAUAUGCAAUGCAGAGCUUGAGUCAAUGCUUUUAAUCACACUCACGUUAUUCCCCCUGAAUCUUCAUUUCAAUCCUCCUAGCACUGUUUCAUUCAACAAUCUCCACCUCCCCAUUUCAUUGUACAUGUUCUCAAUCAUAUAUCAGCUGCAAAACCCAAGUUCUUGAAUUUGUAUUCUAUCAGGCAAGAUUGGAUAUUGGAAUUGUUGGUGGUUUGUUUUUAAGUUCGAUUCGCAAGAGAGGUAAUGAUGAUGGAUGAAGGUCAAGGUAACUCUACUGCGCUGCCUCCAUUUAUAGCCAAGACGUAUGAAAUGGUGGAUGAUCUUACUACUGAUCCCAUUGUUUCUUGGAGUCUAAGCAACAGAAGUUUCGUAGUGUGGGAUCCACCGGAGUUUUCUAGAAUAUUGUUACCCAGAUUCUUCAAGCACAAUAAUUUUUCCAGCUUUAUCCGCCAGCUUAAUACAUAUGGUUUUAGGAAAGUUGAUCCUGAACAAUGGGAAUUUGCUAACGAGGAUUUUGUCAGAGGUGAACCGCAGCUUUUGAAGAACAUUCACAGACGCAAGCCAGUUCACAGUCAUUCAACACAGAAUCUGCAUGGACAAGGAGGAUCUUCAUCUCCAUUAAGUGAUUCAGAAAGGCGGGGUUACAAGGAAGAGAUUGAAAGGUUGAGAUAUGAGAAGGAAUCAAUGCUCAUAGAGCUUCAAAGACAACAACAGGAGAAAAAACAAAUGGAAUUGCAGAUGCUGAUUCUGACAGAGCGUGUGCAACGUCUGGAGCAACGACAAACUAGUGUGAUAUCAUCGUUGGCUCAAACCUUGAAAAAACCAGCGCUUGCCUUGGAUCUCUUGCCAAAAUCAGAAGAAAUACAUGAGAGAAAGAGAAGGUUACCAAGGAAAAGUUCAUGGCCAGAUGAUGGGAGCUCCGAAGAUGAUCAGAUAACUGUCCCACAAAGUUUCAUCAGAGGGAAAUCAGGGUUUAACGAGGAAUUGUUGGAGAAAUUGGAGACUUCCCUGACAUAUUGGGAAAAUGUGGCAAAAGAUGUGGCGAUCGUUAGUGUGCCAGAUUCUCCAUCUAUGGAUUUUGAUCAAUCAACAAGCAUUGCUAACAGCCCAGCCAUAUCUUACACUGAUCUUGCGGUUGAAACUUCUAAGAUUGACAUGAAUUCAGAGCCUAAUAGAGCAAUUGUGCCAGAGGUUUCCAUUCUAAAAACAGAGGCAGCUGGAAGCUUGUCUAAUUCGCCGACUGGUGCCAACGAUGGUUUUUGGGAACAAUUUCUGACCGACAAUGUGGACUCAACAGAUGGACCAGAAGUUCAUUCCAAAAGAAAACACAUUGAGAGUAGAAAGGAUGGGAGUCAAGCAGUUGAUCAUGAAAAUUUUUGGUUAAAUAUGAGGAGUAUAAAUAAUCUCACGGAUAAGUUGGGACAGCUUGCUCCUGCACAAAGAACUUGAUGUUCAUUUGUGAUUUUUGUAGCAUAGUUAUAAUAUAUGCCUUUCAUUUACUACCCCCUAGCUGCUUGUAAAUAUAACCUCAUUUGUAGUUAGCUUCUACUAUUGAGCAUAUAUGUAUUACUCUCUUGUUCCAGAAUCCUAUUUGUACAAAUUGUUCUUAAUAAUAUUUUGUAUUGAUUUUGUGAAAA